UGAAGAAAGCUAUGCAAAUUUCCUUUUCCAACAUUUUCUUGGGGGAUACGGACGCCCUACUAGUACCACAAUUCUUUUAGGGAGCAGGCCAGUGUACCACGUGCCCCGUGUACCGCCGAGGUAUACAUUGGGCUUGCGGUACAUCGGGGUGUACCCAUUCUUUUAUUAACUAUUAUUUUAUUUUUUAGUCGGCAAAUCCAAUAAAAGAAGUUCAUUUAUUGUUCAGUCAAAUUAAUUCUUUAUUGCAACAAAAUAAACAGCAAGGCAAAUUUUUCUAAAAUUAAUUUUUAUAAUUUAAUUUUCAGAAUAUCUUUAUUUAUUACAAUUCUUCAGUCAAUUGAAAUUUAAAUAUUUUAUUUAUCGAGUUGGAAUAAGUGUGAAAAAUGGAGAAUUAAAUAAAGAUUUUUGUGCGUUACAAAUAGAAGAAAUGGCCUCAUUUUUGCGGAAUUGCUGGCCUUGCCCAUUGGCUGAUUCGAUAGAUUAUGUUUUUAGAUGGAAGUUGAGGGACAAACUUGCUCUGCAACUUUAUCAAGCAUUUCUUAGAGAACCAUCAGAACGCAAUUUAUACGCUGACAGAUAUCAUAUUUUUUUUCCUUGGAUGAUUGAAGUAAUUGAUGAUAAAAAAAAUAGAGGACGAAAUGAAUGGGUAGCUGUUUUAGUCAAAUUAAUUGAAUUGGAUUUAAAUAAAUUAUUGCCUAAUUUUAUGAGAGAAAAAUUGCACAGUGAAAUAGGAAAUCUUUUUAAUUAUGCUUGUAAAAAUAGAAAUUUUGAUGUUGCGGAAAAAGUUUGGGAUUAUUGUAAAAUUACUGGAUUAUCGCAUAGAUUUAGUGUCAAUUCUUUAUUUUUAUUUACACUUUAUCAUUGGAUGAAUGGAAGGAAAAUGAAAGCAAAAACAAUUGCGAGUGUUUUACAGUCAAGAAUUAGAUUCCUUCGAGAUGUUUCUAAUAAUAAAUUUAAUAAAGUAAUGGAAGAAAUGAAGGAAUACAAGAAUAUUCGUGAUCGCUUUUUAGAAAUUAAUAGAAGUUACAAGGAUAUUAUGGAAAAUCCACAAACGAAAGAAAGAACGAGGAAGGUAUGCAAUCGAGUUUUGAAUGGAUUUGUAAAUGAUUUUAUAGACGGCAAAAAUAGAAAGUGA